CCGCGCCGCCUGCUCCCCUCGGCCGCCCGCAGCUCCUCGCUCCGCAGGCUCGCGCCGCCGCCGCCGCCCUCUCCGUCGGCCCCGCAGCUUCCUCGUCACGCGCCGAGCGCGGCCGCUGGAGCCGAUGGCAAAGCUGGUGCCGCCCCUCCCGGCGUCGUCGCGCGCCUCAUGGGCCUCGAGUCCCGGCCCGCCGCCCCCGGCGCGGCCGCGGCCGCGCCGCUCAGGCCGCAGAAGCAGACGAAGGUGGAGGCGUCGGCGGGGGGAGGAGACAAUGAGCCGGCGCCGGUGGUCGUGAUGCUGCCGCCGAGCCGGCGCCCCCCCCCGCGCCCGGCUCGCCCACGCACGCGCCGUGGAGCCACCACAGUGCCGACCUGCCGGCGAGGAGCCCCAAGCGGAGCCGCCUCGUGCACGCCACCGCGUCGAGGCUGCUGGAGCCGGGCGCGCGCGCGAGCUCGAGGGCCGGCGCCAGGCUGCAGGCCAUCGCGUACGCCUGCUCCUCGCCGCAGCACCGCGGCCACCCCGGCGCCCCGCAGCAGAGCUGGGGCACGCCAGGCUGCAGACCAGACGAACUAUUCCGACUUAUCGGCUCCUGUCAAUAAUGCUGAGACUAUAUACAAUUCCAAUGAUCAAUCACCUGAGUUUCACAAGAGCUAUCAGAGACUGCUAAGGAAGCACUUACAUGAAUCCAUGCCUGCAUGCACCGAGGGAGGCAGUACCGCCAAUGUUCACCAGCUACGCCUUCUUCUUCUUUAGACGGAACGGAACACAACCAUCUUACGGAAUGCUGUUACAAAAAAACUGUACUGCAAAAAAACCCAUUCUAGUUUCGUAACAUGGAUGGAUCUGCCGUCUGCGCUAUGUUACGGCAGUGAAGCUUCCGUCCUGCAGCUACCACAAAGACAAGUUUGUGACAUGAAAUUCUAGUUACAAACUUCCAUCUUGAGUGACACCAUCUUACGAUUUGGAUCUCAACCAUCCACUGUUGCUACAAACACAAGGGAUUCAGCGAAACACAACAUCUGUUCACUACUACUUCGGUUACUCUGAAUCUUUGACGAAUAACUGCAAGCAGAAGACUAUGAGCAGACGGUUUACUGCACGGAGGGAAAGCGGAGCAGAACUGGUCUUUGCAACUCAUCAAACAGGCCUCGCAAGGGUUAUUACAAAUAAACUCCUUUCAACGGACCGCAAAAAAUUUCAGUGUGGAUUCAUUCAGCUAGAGCAUCAUUUCGUAUUCAACGAUUUCUUCACACCCCGAAGGGCACCCCACAUGACAGUUGAUACAAUGAAGAGGAGCACCCCGGUGCCAAUGGCGUACUUCAGACCGAGGUUCAUGAGCAAGUUUACCAGCAACCCCGCGAGAACCACUCCCACGAAGUUGGCGGACAAGCCUGACCAGAACGGCAUGCCCAGGACGGACGCGAUGAUGGCGCCGGUCCAUGCUCCUGUGCCUGGGAACGGGACGGCGACGAACAGCGUCAGCCCGAGCCACUGGAACUCCUCGACGGGUGCAGCCUUCCGUCGCGCGAGGCGGCCGAGGGGAGCAGGCGGCGCGGGUUGAAUCAGGCAAACGGCAGGGGUUUUUGUGCAAAACUGUGCGCGCUGACCGGUCCAGCCACUUGGCAGCCAAUUGGCGCGCUGUGAUUGGUCUGGGACUAAAACAUCACAUGAGAUGCAAGUUGGGGUAUGGCUUGGUCAACUUUUGCAAGUUUGGUACUAGAUCAUCACAUCCUAUGCAAGUUAGGGUACCUGGGGUGCUAUUACCUCCCGAAUAUAAUAUUUCCAACUCAUA